CCAGCUAGACUGAGCCUCUGCCCAGACUCUCAGCAUAAAACGGCAAUCCUGUCGCUGGAAACUUAAAAAGAAGGAGCUGCCUGCCGUUUCUGGGUAGACGACUUGUACUUCGUACAGUGUAGGCUGGGCUGUUACAAAUCAGGGAACAACAGGCAAGUGCCCAGAGCUUUCUGCUUACAGCUCUGCUCCGGACUGCUUCUAGCAGGAGUUCAGGGGCAGAAAACACCACUCAGUGGUCCCUUGGCCAGAUGCCAAUGCCCCAGCUGACAGCCACCCCAGCAAGUGCCCUUGCUGAUGAGCCCGUGCACAUCCGAGCGACCGGCUUGCCUCCAAUGCAGCUGGUGACCCUCACGGCAUCUCUGAAGGAUGAGAGAGGAAAUCUGUUCCAGUCCAAAGCCUUCUACAGGGCUAAUGAGGCUGGUGAGCUGGACCUGAAGCAGGCUCCUUCCUUAGGAGGCGAUUACGUAGGGGUCCAUCCAAUGGGCCUCUUUUGGUCUCUGAAGUCUGAAAAGCCUUUCAUGAGGCUGCUUAAGAAGGAUGUGAUGAACAGCCCCUUUUCUGUCACUUUGGACAUAUACAACUCGGCUUGCAUCCCAGAGUUGGCCAUGGUUCAGCCCGGUGCCAGUCAGGUGGUGCAGCGCUGGUUCCGACGCCCAGGGAUGCAGCGGGUGCAGAUCCGAGAGGGCCGCCUGCGAGGAGCCCUUUUUCUCCCCCCAGGAGAAGGCCCUUUCCCUGGAAUCAUCGAUUUGUACGGGGGAACCGGGGGGCUAUUGGAAUUCCGAGCUAGUCUUUUGGCUGCCCAUGGCUUUGCAGUCCUGGCAUUAGCAUAUUUUGCCUAUGAAGACCUGCCCAAACUACUGGUGGAGGUGGAUAUGGAAUAUUUUGAGGAAGCCGUCAAUUUCUUACUAGCUCAUCCCAAGAUCCAAGGGCCAGGAAUUGGAGUCCUAUCUCUGAGCAAAGGUGCAGAGAUUGGGCUGGCCAUGGCUUGCUUCCUGAAGCAGGUGGUAGCCACUGUCUGCAUCAGUGGGGCCAAUGCGAUCUUUGACUUUCCAUUCAAGUACAAGGAUCUGGUUAUGUUACCCAUCCCAUCAUAUAUGGAGCGCACGGAGACUGAUGUCUCGGGGGCCCUGAGCCUCCUCCACUUCCGGGGAGACCCCCGGGAUAAAGUGAAUCAGCAGAGCGUGUUGCCCAUUGAAAAGGCUCAGGGUCAGAUCCUCUUCAUAAUAGGAGAGAAUGACCAAUCUAUAAAAAGUAAAGAACAUGCUAAGCAGGCCUUGGAGCAGCUGAAGAGCCACGGGAGAAGCAAUGGAAGGGCGCUGGUCUACCCCGGGGCUGGCCACCUCAUAGAGCCACCCUACAUGCCCCUCUGCUACGCCUCACGGAGCACUUCCAGGUUCCUAAUGCUGCUCUGGGGAGGGGACCCUGCUGCGCACGCAGCUGCCCAGGAGCACGCCUGGGGAGAGAUCCAGAAGUUCUUCAGGCAACACCUCACACAAACCAGAAGCCACCUGUGAGCAAGAACUAAGGGUGAGAUAAGGCUGAGGAUACUGGGGCCGCAAGAGGAGCCAGUUUGAGAACAAAAGCGAUACACAAGGUCUGAGUCAAAUGAGCUGCAGAGAAGUAAAUGGAACUGCAGCUGUAAUGAUGUUGCUUCCAUAGUUUCUCAACCUUUGGAUUUCUUGUUAUUGGAGUCAAUAAAUUUCCUUAUUUGUUUACGCUGUUGGCA